AUGAAUUGUAUGAUCGAAAUAUACGAUACCGGUUUUCUUAUCCACCGACAAAUGGUCUACUCCAUCGACAGCUUCAUUGUGGCCAACAUCCCCGAAACGCUGCGCGCCUUUUCGGAGCCUACGUCGACGAAGGGGAAGGGAAGCGCGGGCAAAGAUUUCGAGAACUCUUACGUCACUCAUAUGCGUCGCGCUCCUCCAGAAUGCUGCCGCGGUGGUGGCCAGCUCGGCACGGAGAAACCGGAUAAAGCGAGAGGUCUCGCUGAAGGCAUGGACGACGGAGGUAGAAGGGGGGGAGGCUUCGGAGACUUGGUCCCCUUGAACGUGACUCAAAUACACAAAGAUCCAAAGCUUCCACGGAGCUGGACCGUAUUCGUCGUCGACGAGUCACCGCUCUACUAUAAUCAGGACACCCAAGUAUUCCAAUGGAAGAGACCGGAGGAUUGUGGUGCUGACGGCCAACACAAAGACUCUCCGAUGGGGAUAAGCGAUUUCUUUGAGAUCAUCGGCUGGUUGAAGUGUAAAGACGAUCGGAACCGGACCUAUUUCUAUCAUCCAGAGACUCAGGCUCGGAGUUGGGUGAAGCCGACAGUACAGCAGCUUUGCGAUUGGCAUCGAUGGCAGAACACGCGAUAUCAGUCGAUGCGACUCAGCCAAAUGAGGAAACCGUGCAACCAACCCGUGACCCCGAGCGACGAAGAUGGCCUCGGAGCACUUCCCGACGGGUGGGAGAAACGUCGGGACUUGCAAGGCGCAGAUUAUUUUGUCAAUGUGAGGAACGGUGAAUGCUCCUCGACGGAUCCCCGAAGGCCUCGGGGCACAGUACCGGCUCUUGCGAAGGAUGAUGCGAAGACGACAGCGCAAAGUUUAGCGCUCGUGGUAGAGAAAGAGGAAAAAGUUGCGAGCGAUGAUGACUUGAGGCGAAAGAUGGCGAGAUUGAGAUCACUCUGCUACUGCAAGUCGACACAAGAGCUUUGCGAGGUCAAGGUUAAGCGAUCAGAGAUUUUCGAGACUUCAUUCGGCACAAUUUACGACAAGUCCGUGAAAGAGCUUCGCGGUAAACUCAGCGUGACAUUCGAGGAUGAACCUGCCAUGGAUCCUGUCGCUUCCAUCCGGGACUGGUUCAUACUCCUGACGCAGGAAAUCCUGAACCCCAUGUACGGACUCUUCAAAUACGCGGAUGUUUCCCAAUCAACAUUCCGGAUCAAUCCUGAGAGCUCGAAGCUGCCUCAUUUCCGAAUCUACUACAGGUUUGUUGGUCGCGUCUUCGGACUUGCACUGUUCCAUGAGAAACUGAUUUUCUCGGGCUUCAACACGGUGUUCUUCAAGAAGAUUCUGGGCCUGAGACUAGAGCUGGAAGACAUGGAGGCAAUUGAUCCACAACUAUACGAUUUGCUCGUGUACGUCCGUGAAAAUAAUGUGGAGGACUUGGAUCUAUAUUUCGCGGUAGAUUAUGUUGAAAAGGGGAAGUUCGUCCAACACGAACUCAAACUCGAUGGCAAACACAUCAAAGUUUGCGAGGCAAACAAAUUCGAGUACCUGACCCUUAUGAUGGAAUGGUUCUCUUCCGACGAUGCCGAACAAAGCAAAGCGAUACUCUAUGGGUUCGACGAAGUUUUUCCAUGCGAGUGGCUCGGUGUCCCAGACGAACGUGACUUGGAGAUGCUGCUAUGCGGUGUUCAGGAAGUCGACAUUGACGACUGGGAGCGGAAUACCGACUACAAAGGAUAUGGUCCGCAAGCCGAACCGGUUCGCUGGUUUUGGGCAACUGUUCGCGGCUUCGAUACGAGAUCUCUCAUUCGUUUCCUGCAAUUCGUCACGGGAACGUGUCGGGUUCCUCUCGGCGGGUUCGCAGCUUUGCAAGGCGCUUACGGUCCGCAGAAAUUCACCAUCGAGCGCGCAGACGAUAUCAACCGUUUGCCGCGGAGUCGAAAAAGCCUGAAUCAGAUUCAACUCCCUCCAUACAGGUCUUUGGUCGAAAUGAAGUCCAUGCUCCUGCUUACUGUUGGGACUUCGACGUGA